GCAAAUAUCGGUUGCAUAUCGUUACGCACGGUGCGCUUUGUAGAUGCUCGCGGUCGUUCCGGUGCCCGGAAUGCUGAAAGUCCUUUAGAAAGCACACCCGUUUCGGCUGGGGCAGGCAACGAGCGCUCCCGGGCGGAUGUUCGCGCCGGGCUGCGACGAAGAGGAAGAAGUGUGCGGUUGAAAAUUCGCGACUAGUUCUCGUUCUCGCGCUGGUGCUGGUGGAAAGUGUAAGUCGUGCGGAAGGGGAGAGUGGCGGUGAGGUAUCAAAAUCAUACGCAAUAGGAAAAGGCAGGAGCAGGAAAACGCACACGGGAAGAAACAGUCCCGUCGGGGAGGGAAGUUUUCUUCGCCUCCGAAGGCCCUGGCUGUCACUUUCGACGACGAGGGCCGUGAAGCGCACGCAAUACCAGCCUGUCCGCGGAUAUCGUGCAUCGUCAGCAUUUCCUGCUGCGGGGUGAUCCGCUGCGAUCGUUGCUUUUCGUGGGGCAAGUUUUCCUCGUUGCUUCGGGUGUGAGAAAAGCAACAAAGUGUUGUGGCGCAGUGAGCUGGGUGAUGUGAAAAGUAAAAAAAAAGCCCAUCGAGCUGUCAAAUAUUGAUCCCCACUGUCAGCGCGAAGGAGAAGAGAAAAAGAAGAAAAAAUUGCUUGUUGUGUGUUUACCUGCGUGUUGUGAUUGUUCCGCGAUCCGUGUUCCGCGUGUGUGCUGGAAAGUGAAGAUCACCCUCGUUAAGGUUACGCGAGUCCAUCUCCGGCUCUAGCGAAAAGUGCAGGGCGGGUAUUUAGUUGGUGCGCGAGUUUUCCCUACCGUGGAAAGUAUGCUGCCCUUCACACCGCCGAUCGUGAAGCGGCUGCUCGGCUGGCGGAAGGUACCGUCGGACGACUCCGUCGAGGGGAAAUGGAGCGAGAAGGCGGUCAAGAGCCUGGCGAAGAAGAUGAAGAAGUCGAGCGCCCUCGACGAGCUCGAGCGGGCCCUCACGGUGCAGAGCUGCCACACGAAAUGCAUACCGAUACCCAGAAAUGUGUCCGCGAAUGGAGAAAAUGGAGUUGCGCUAAAGAAAGGCAUACCUCACGUCAUAUACUGUCGAUUGUGGCGUUGGCCUGAUUUACGGAGUCAGACGGAACUAAAAGCACUAGACGUAUGCGAGUACGCAUAUCAUCUGAAAAAGGACGAGGUGUGCAUCAAUCCAUAUCACUACGCCCGCAUUGAAUCGCACUCGCAACAUUCGCACCAUCAACAGCAACAGCAACAACAGCAGCAGCAACAGCAACAACAGGCACAGCAGCAGCAGCAGCAGCCGCUGACGAUCCUGGUGCCGAAGAACCUAUCGAACCCUCAGGGAGAAAACUCCGUUACCUACACCUUGGACGAUCUUAGUAAUACCGUACCAGUCAACAUACAGUACAACGCAUUAAAUGAUAACUAUGUAACCAGCCCGCAACCGUCGCAAGUAUCCACGCAGCAGCUCCACCAGCAGCUGCAGCAGCAACAGCAGCAUCAACAGCAACUUCAGCAACAGCAGCAGCUCUCCUCACCGUGCUACAUGGAGGCGACACUUGGCCAACAGAUCCCGACCAACACGACGAUUAUGGACUCGGUCAGUGUCGGUGUGGGUAACAUACCGAACACCGAGACGCCACCACCCGGCUACAUGUCUGAAGACGGCGAUCCGCUCGAUCAGAAUGACAAUAUGACCGAUAUGUCCCGCAUGUCACCGGCCGAAAUGGACGCUCAGCCCGUGAUGUACCACGAGCCGGCGUUCUGGUGCUCUAUCAGCUAUUACGAGCUGAACCUGCGCGUCGGCGAAACGUUCCACGCCUCCCAGCCAUCGAUCACCGUCGACGGGUUCACAGACCCAUCCAACUCGGAACGCUUUUGUCUGGGAUUGCUAUCGAACGUGAACCGGAACGAGGUGGUCGAACAGACGCGCCGCCACAUCGGUAAGGGCGUCCGGUUGUACUACAUCGGUGGUGAGGUGUUUGCGGAGUGUUUGAGCGAUUCCAGCAUCUUCGUACAGAGCCCCAACUGCAAUCAGAGAUACGGAUGGCAUCCGGCGACGGUGUGCAAAAUACCACCAGGAUGCAAUCUGAAGAUCUUCAACAAUCAGGAAUUUGCCACCCUACUAUCGCAGUCCGUUGCGAAUGGGUUCGAGGCGGUCUACCAGCUAACCCGCAUGUGCACGAUCCGGAUGUCGUUCGUGAAGGGCUGGGGAGCCGAGUAUCGCCGACAAACCGUUACCUCAACGCCGUGCUGGAUAGAGCUGCAUUUAAACGGUCCUUUGCAGUGGUUGGAUCGCGUCCUCACCCAGAUGGGCUCACCCCGAUUGCCAUGUAGUUCGAUGUCGUAAGGCUGCGAACCUGUUCCCCGUGCUCUUUUGCAUCCCCGUUCGCGUUGUGAUGCUACCGAGACGUUAGGGCACAGUACUACCCCUAUUCUACCUCCGCCGGACGACGUUUUGCUUCACCUUCCGGCCUCCAUCGUUUCAAGCACCUUGAUCACGCUUUUCUUGCGUGUGUUUGCGUUUAAGUUUAUUCGGACAAACAUAAGUUCUGCUCUGCGCUGUUGUGCUAAUUGGGUAGAAAAUUCCCGUGAGCAAAUGUUACAUUCGUUUGCUUUAUUCGGAGCAAUGUUGCACGGGCUUUCUUUUAUAUUUCAAAAUAAUUUUACAACACCACAAGAGUCCCUGCUGAUUGCAGAACGCGCAGAGAAAUGAUUUAUCUUCUACGCCUUUAACGACAUGUACGUUUUUCGCUAAAUUUUGUAUUGAGUGUUUGCUUUUCUUUUCGGUGUACUAAUGCGCAGUGUGUUAUAACCCAUCGGUGAUAUCCGCCGUGAGGCACGGACGUGUUUUAAGUUAACGAUUUUGUUCCUUACCAUGAGCGUUACAAAAUGUAGCAGAGCAUAUAAAGCAGAGGAAACCGCUUGCGGCAUGAUAUGCGUGGCGUUUCAUGGAGUUCCCCAAAAAACAAACCCCGCGUGAACGUCGACAGUGGCAGUUAGAAUGCUGCAUUAACCAAAACGAUUACGAUAACGAUAGAUGAUGAUGCUUAAAAAUUAAGUUUGUUUUUUUUUACGUUACAUUACAUUAUACUUAUGAUUUUACUAGACUUUCGUUCCCCCCUCAUUCGCUUUGGGUGUGUACGGAGCAGUUGCACCGCUCGUACGCCUUGUGAAACCCAAUAGAAGAGGCAGUUUGAGAAACCUGCGAAAUGAGAAGUAAUCGCGGCACGAUUGAUGAAGGGCGACCAAGAUCUAAUGGAAGUGAACCAAACCCUACCCGGCAUGGGAGGGAAUAACGAUGUACGGGCGGAUAGUUGUUGUGUAAAGAAGAUGGGUAGCGUGUACUGAGCACGUGUGUCAUAGACGAAGGGUGUGCAACUUCUUUGUAUACGUUGGGAGCCGUAACGGAACAGAAAAUGCCCUCGGUAUCCUUGGUCCACCUUCCUGGUGGUGAUUAGGUUAUUAAUCAGGCGAGAAUGUGCUCCUGAGAUAUGUUCCUUAUGCACGUGUGAAUGCUAACACGUGAGAAAUGCUUAAGGCAUACGAGAACGAGCCGAUCGUGUUGGGAAACGUCUAGAACGAGCAAUGUACAGCAGAAGACAGAUAUAUUUUUGACAUUGUGUAAUAGAAAUGCGAAAUUUAAGCGGGACACGUAUCGCUCCGUUUGAAGGUAAAACAAAACAAAAUAAAAAAUUAAAGGGAUUUCAUCUCAAAGAGAAAACUCUUGCAAACAAUUCGGCACUGAAGUGUGGAUAGAUAAAACAAAACAACUGAAAAAGAAUACUGUGGAUUGAGUCGCAGGAUGCCAUGGUUAAGCAUAUUGUGUCGUUAGGAAGGGAGCCUGCUACACGAUGCGUAGAGGUCAAAGAAGAAGAGACAGAUUCGAUUUGAUAAGGCAGCAGCCCUCCCCCGUUUGGUAUGAUUUCUUCUGUUAGAUAUGUUCUUCUUUUCUUAGUUCAGCAUAGCUCAGCUAGGUUUAGUAGCUUACUUACAUAAAACGCGAAGCGAAGGAAAUCAAGUUCCAUCGUUCGAGAACAGAGCAAGUGGACAGUAGCUUGGCAGAGACGCAAUUCAAGAUGGAUAGAUUGCGAAUUGAGUGAUAGAUUGAGGAUACGCCCGGGCGGGCUUACGCGUUUAGGUUUUUUAAGGCGUGUGUGUGAGACAAAUAGACUUUUGAAAGGCGAUUUGGACUGGAGAAAUAAGCAAAACUAACUAAUGGUUUGGUAACGCGAACGGUUGGCCUGCACGAAUCCCAGCAAGAACAACAAACGAAAAUGAUGAAGAGACGAUGUUUCCUGUUUUAACUCUGUUUGUUUUCAUAUCCCUGAACCGUUUGUGGAUGUUUCGUGAAUCGAUAGGACAGGCCCGUGUAUCGUUAAACAGAAGAAUUACGAAACCAACCAAAUCAACAUUAGUAGCGGUUUGUUAGGUUGCGCUUGUGAAACACAAUAAAAUCUGACAACAAAAUACAU